CCGAACCUCUGUUGUUUACGUUUAGCUUUUCUCGCCCACUUCCACCCAUUGGAUAAAAAUCCUUAACCUGAGCCGCCCAACAUCCCAGUUAUGCAUAAAAGCAGGAAUUUUAAGAAGAAAAAUCACCGCCAGAAUGUUAAGGGGGGCCACCAAUCGGGUAGACUAGCUGAAAAGCUGUCGGAUCUGUCCGUUAGAGAUUCUUCCGAAGAUGAACUGGAAGGUAGCGGAAGUGAUAGUAGCGGCACCGAAUCGCAAGAUGAGUCCGACUCCGAAGAAGGAAGCAGUAGGAAUAAAUUCGAUUUAGGCAAACCGCCCAAAUUCCCGGUUAGCAUGUGGGACCUGAACCAUUGCGACCCUAAGAAAUGUUCCGGGCGUAAGUUGGCCCGACACGGUCUGAUUGACAAUCUCCGUUUGGGACAGAAGUUUCCAGGUUUGGUUUUAACGCCAGUUGGCGUAAAUUGCGUAAGUCCACAGGAUAGGGACAUAAUCGCUAAUUCCGGGGUGGCCGUUGUCGAUUGUUCCUGGGCACGUUUGGAUGAAACACCCUUCAAUAAGAUGAAAUCUCCGAACCCACGAUUGCUUCCGUUUUUGGUGGCCGCUAAUCCUAUUAACUACGGCAAACCCUGUAAACUCUCCUGUGUGGAAGCGAUUGCAGCUUCUAUGUACAUAACAGGCUUUAAAGAUGAGGCUCUUUGGUAUUUAAACAAGUUCUCCUGGGGCCAUUCGUUUGUUGAGUUGAACAAAGAAUUACUGGAAGCUUACGCCAGUUGUGAAAAUAGUAAAGCGAUUUUAGAAGUUCAGAAACAGUACUUGGAGAAAGCUGAACAAGAACAGCUUGAUCGGAAAAAUGAAAUCGACUUGCCUCCCAGCGAUAGCGAAGAUGAUUGAAGUUCUUUUUUACAUGUAUCAAUCCUAUAUUACUCGAGAAACAAAACAGCAAACCUUUACAAUGUGGGUGCCCGUCGAUCGGAUUUGGUUUGCGAGCGUUGCCGUUUGACCAUCAAACGCUCCCGAACAGCUUUCUCGUGACGACGUCGCAGCUUUUCUAGUGUUUCCGGGGCGAGCUCUUUCGUAACAGGUUCUUCUGCCUCCCGGAUGAAUGUUCGCAACUUUUCCAGGGCAUCGGCCAUAUUCAUCUGCUGCGAUCGGGUCAUUUCACUUUUGAUCACCAGAUAGCCUUCCUUUGUAAUACGAUUCUUUUGCUGAAACGUAAAAUACGAAAU